UUUGGCAGCCAUCCUCCAUGAAACCGCAGCCUGGUAGAAUUUUUUUUUGAAAAACAGGGAGGAAUUACGGCUAGAUUGGUACCAAGAGGUGGAGGAGUAAAACUACUGGUGUUGGUGUUCCAAACUGCACCCAUCUUAAUUCGUUGUAGCAUCUAGUAUUGUCCCAAAUUGCUCCAAACUGUAACUUGAUUGUCUGCUAUCAAGUGAAAGUUCUCACUGAAUAACACUGCACUUUUCCACUCUCCAAUUACGAUCAUAAAAUGCCAUUGCCAUCUACUAAUAAUCCCAAUCUCACAGCAUUAUGUUGGAGGAGGCACUGCACAUUCUGCUUACCAAACACAAACCCCCUGAAGAUUACUCUACAUAUCUUAAACUACUCCAAACAUGUAUUCUCAACAAUGCGCUUUCACAAGGGAAAAGGGUCCAUUCUUUCAUCGCUCACAGGCGAUUCGCAUUUGCUACACGCACACCUUUUCAUAAUAAGCUUAUUGACAUGUAUGUCAAGUGCCGAGGUUUGGUUGAUGCUCGAAAAGUGUUUGACCAUAUGAAAGAACGAGACAGCGUCUCAUGGAAUACGAUUAUUACAGCGUACAGAAAAAAUGGGUAUCCUCAUGAAGCAGUCACACUGUUUCACCAAAUGCAACGAACAGGUCUCCAACCCGAUCGGUUCACAUUCGCCAGCGUAUUCCCAGCCUGUGCCAAAAUGGGAGCUUUGGAACAGGGUAUAAACAUCCAUCAAAGCAUAAUGGAUGAAGGAAUUUUGUCAGAUGUUGUAGUUGCAAGUGCUCUGGUAGAUAUGUAUGCAAAAUGUGGAAGUAUAGACAAGGCACGUGAGCUGUUUGACAAAAUGCCUGAAAGAAAUGUGGUCUCGUGGACUGCGAUGAUUGCAGGAUAUGCACAAAUGGGAUUUGUUGAAAAAGCUUUAGAAACUUUCGAGCAAAUGCAAUUGGAAGAUAUAAAGCCAAAUACUACAACUUUUGCCAGCAUCCUCUCUGCCUGUGCUAAAGUGGGAGCUUUGGAACAGGGUAUGGAUAUCCAUCAGAGCAUAAAAGAUAAAGAAAUUUUGUCCGAUGUUGUACUUACAACUGCCCUGGUAGACAUGUAUGCAAAAUGUGGAAGCCUAGAUAUGGCACGUGAAUUGUUUGACAGAAUGCCUCGAAAGAAUGUGGUCUCAUGGACUGCAAUGAUCGCAGGAUAUGCACAAAAUGGAUUUGUUGAAAAGGCUUUAGCAACUUUCAAGCAAAUGCAAUUGGCAAGUGUAAAGCCAAAUUCCACAACCUUUGUCAGCAUCCUCACUGCCUGUGCCAAAGUGAGAGAUUUGGAAGAGGGUAUGUACAUCCAUCAAAGCAUACAGGAUAUAGGAAUUUUGUCAGAUACUGUAGUUGCAACUGCCCUGGUAGAUAUGUAUGCCAAAUGUGGAAGAACGGACGAGGCAGGUGAUCUGUUUGACAAAAUGCCUGAAAGAAAUGUAGUCUCAUGGAAUGCCAUGAUUGCAGGAUAUACCCAAAACGGAUUUCUUGAAAAGGCUUUAGAAAUUUUCAAGCAAAUGCAUUUCACAGGUGUAAAGCCAGACUGUGCAACCUUUGCCAGCAUCCUCCCUGCCUGUGCCAAAAUGGGAGCUUUGGAGCAUGGUAUGGUUAUCCACGAAAGCCUAAUGGAAGGGGGAUUUUUGUCAGAUACUAUAGUUGUAAAUGCUCUAGUAGACAUACAUGCAAAAUGUGGAAGCAUCGACAAGGCAUGUAAAAUUUUUGACAGAAUGCCUCAAAGGGAUGUCAUCUCAUGGAAUACAAUGAUUGCAGGAUAUUCUCAAAAUGGUUUUGUUGAAAAGGCUUUAAAAACUUUAAAGCAAAUGCACUUAGCACGUGUAAAGCCGAAUUGCACAACCUUUGCCAGCAUCCUUCCUGCCUGCGCCAAAUUGGGAGCUUUGGAACAGGGUAUGGACAUCCAUCAAAGCAUAAUGGAAGGGGGCUUUUUGUCAGACAUUAUAGUUGGAAAUUCUCUGAUAGACAUGUAUGCAAAAUGUGGAAGCAGAGAAAAGGCUCGUAAACUGUUUGACAGAAUGCCUCAAAGAGAUGUCAUCUCAUGGAAUGCAAUGAUUGCAAGAUACGCACACUCUGGAUUUGUUGAAAAGGCUGUAGAAACUUUCAAACUUAUGCAAUUGGCAGGUGCAAAACCUAAUUCUACAACCUUUGGCAGCAUCCUCACUGCCUGUGCCAAAAUGGGAGCUUUGGAGCAGGGUAUGGACAUCCAUCAAAGCAUAAAAGACACAGAAUUUUUUUCAGACGUUGUAGUUUCAACUGCCCUGGUAGACAUGUAUGCAAAAUGUGGAAGCAUAGAAAAGGCACGUGAAUUGUUUGACGCAAUGCCUCAAAGAAGUGUGGUCUCAUGGACUGCAAUGAUUGCAGGAUAUGCACAGAAUGGAUUUCUUGAAAAGGCUGUAGAAACUUUCAAACAAAUGCAUUUUGCAGGUGUAAAGCCAGACUCCACAACCUUUGCUAGCAUCCUUCCCGCCUGUGCCAAAAUGGGAGCUUUGGAACAGGGUAUGGAUAUCCAUCAAAGUAUAAAGGAUAGCAGAAUUUUGUCAGAUGUUGUAGUUGCAAAUGCCCUGAUAGACAUGUAUGCAAAAUGUGGAAGUGUAGACAAGGCACGCGAACUAUUUGAUAGAAUGCCUACAAGAGACGUGGUCUCAUGGAAUGCAAUGAUUGCAGGAUAUGCACAAAAUGGAUUUGUUGAAAAGUCUUUCGAAACUUUCAAGCAAAUGCAAUUAGCAGGUGUGAAGACAAAUUCAACAACCUUUGCCACCAUCAUUUCUAUCUGUGCCAAAAUGGGAGCUUUGGAACAGGGUAUGGAUAUUCAUCAAAGCAUAAUGGAAAGGGGAUUUUUGUCAGAUAUUAUGGUUGGAAAUGCUUUGGCAGACAUGUAUGCAAAAUGUGGAAAAAUAGACAAGUCAUAUGAAUUGUUUGACAAAAUGCCUCAAAGAGAUGUAAUCUCAUGGAAUGCAAUCAUUGCAGGAUAUACACAAAAUGGAUUUGUUGAAAAAGCUUUAGAAACUUUCAAGCAAAUGCAAUUGGCAGGUGUAAAGCCAAAUUCCACAACCUUUUCCAGCAUCCUCUCUACCUGUGCCAAAAUGGGAGCUUUGGAACAUGGUAUGUACAUCCAUCAAAAGAUAAUGGAAAGUGGGUUUUUGUCAGAUAUUAUAGUCGGAAAUGUUUUAGUAGACAUGUAUGCAAAAUGUGGAAGCAUAGGCAAGGCACGUGAAAUAUUUGACAGAAUGCCUGAAAGAAAUGGGGUGUCAUGGAAUGCAAUAAUUGCAGCGUAUGUACAAAAUGGAUUUGCUGAAAAGGCCUUAGAAACGUUCAAGCAAAUGGAAUUGGCAGGUGUAAAGCCAAAUUCCACAACCUUUGCCAGCAUCCUCCCUGCCUGUACCAAAAUGGGAGCUUUGGAACAGGGUAUGGACAUCCAUCAAAGCAUAAUGGAACGGGGAAUUUUGUCAGAUAUCAUAGUUGAAAAUGCUCUGGUAGACAUGUAUGCAAAAUGUGGAAGCAUAGACAAGGCACGUGAACUGUUUGACAAAAUGCCUCAAAGAAAUGUCAUCUCAUGGAAUGCAAUGAUUGCAGGAAAUGCACAAAAUGGAUUUUGCGAGGAUUCUCUCAAAGUCUUUGAAUUAAUGAAGCACUCUGGAACUUAUCCUAACAUUAUAAGCUUUGCUUGUGUUCUAUGUGCAUGCAGCCAUGCAGGUUUAGUGGAUGAGGGCUGUACAUAUUUCAAUCACAUGAGUAACACUUAUUGCAUUACACCUACAGUUGAUCAUUAUUUGUGCAUGGUUGAUCUUCUUGCCCGUGCUGACUAUCUUGAGGACAGUCUAAACUUUAUCAUUAAGAUGCCAAUUAAACCUGUGGUCGUUGUUUGGAUGUGUUUUCUUGGCUCCUGCAGAACACAUAUGAAUAUAGGCUUAGGGGUAUUUACAGCGAUGGUGCUUUUUGAUUUGGAUCCUGAAAAUGCUGCGACUUAUGUUCUUCUCUCAAACAUCUAUGCAGAAGUGGGCAGGUGGGCUGAGGUUCAAAUGGUAAGGAAAUUGAUGAAAGAUAGAGGAGUUAAAAAGAUCCCUGGAUGUAGUUGGGUUGAAGGCAAUCAAAUGGUACAUUCAUUUUGUGUAGGAGAAAGAUUGCAUCGGUAGGCACAGGAGAUCUAUGCAAAGCUAGAGAAAUUGGCUUGGGAGAUGAAAGCAGCAGGUUAUUUUCCAGAUUCAAGACAUUUACUUAAUGAUGUGGAAGAGGAGGAAUUGGAAUUAUUUCUCUGCCACCAUAGUGAAAAGUUGGCAAUUGCAUUUGGUUUGUUGAACACAACCCUUGGAACAACUAUUAGAGUUGUUAAGAACCUUCGAAGAUUAUUGGUGAUGCUAAAUGAAGCAAUCUGAAAAUUAGGCUGACAAAAAUAAUAAUGCACACUAUGUCAGACCUGCAGUAAUAAUGGACAAGGAAACCUGCAUCUGUAUGAAAUGAAAAGCUGGAGGAGGAGGUGGAGAAUAGGGAAAAAACAGAAGCAUGACCAGGUAUUAGGAGUAGCUUGAUGACUAUAAACUACUUCUCCACAUUUACCAUCAACAAAGACAGCUUGCUGACAUCACUACUACUUUGGCCACUUCCUCGUUCCUCCUCAUCUUCUGUGCAAGAGCAGCUUGAUGAUCAUAAAUUACUUCCUUGCAAUUACUAUGAACAAGGACAGGAUUAACAAGUCUAGAAUCUGCCCAACCAGUAUACUGGGGUUUGUUUUGUCAUGUUAAGCAGGUUUGCCCCUACCAAUCAUUAAUUUAAAAAGGGGCACAAAGUUUAUCAAUAAAGAAAAAUUCAACAAGCUACGGGUAUUAUUCAAAUCUUCUUGCUUUUCUCUAGUACUUUAUUUGUAUAUCUGACUGCCUUUCAUCCUUAGUAGGUACUGCAAGGUACGUGCUUUUCAAAGUACACGUUCUUCAUUCCCUAUGAGUUGAUCACGUUUAACAAAAUCUUGUUUUCUCACCUAGAUCCUGCUAGAACUUAUCUAUUACAUGUUUUUUUGGUCAAUUCCAUAUGACAACCAGUAUUUUCGUCAUUCAUGUAUCUAUAUGACCUAUUUAAGUUUCAAGGUUAUGUCAAAAAAGCUAAGAUAUAUAUUCGGUUUGAUAUCAUGAAUUAUAUCUGUGUUGGCAAGUUUUCCUACUGGGCUUUGUAUGUUCAAACUUCAGGAUUAUACAGGAGGAGCAGAAACUACAGUGGGCCCUUGGUAAUGUUCAUACAGAAGGCAGGGGUUCGUGCCAAUGGAGCUGUGUGGGUCUGCGUUGAGGAUUCUUUGCCAGAGAUGUUUAAGGGUAUGCACUGUUCGCAUCAGUUUUGCCCUUCCUGCAUGACCUGGUAUAUACUUUCAUGGCUGCAAUAGAAGAGGCAAAACAUUUACUGUCCCCAGGACUGUUCUGGAGAAGCCCUGACACCUCAAGAAUGCUGUUAAUUUUUGCCAUCAGAAAUCUUCAAUAAGUGGUCAAUUGUGAUCGUGGAGGCCCAAAUUAUUGAGUCAAAAAAGGUCUAUUGCACUUUUCCCAACUACUCCGAGUUGCUAAUAAAGAAGGAUGUUGCAGGCAUAAGAGAAAAUGACAUAUUGAAAACCGAAUGCCCCUUCUGUAAUAGAAUGUUUUGUGUGAGGUGUAUGGUGCCCUGGCAUGCUAAACUUAAUUGCUCUCAAUUCCAAAAUUUGUCGUCUGCAUGAAUAAGUGAAGUAGAUUUACAGCUUUUCAAGCUUGCCCAGGAUCUCAAACGACAAUGCUGUGGGAAAUGCAAGGGCAUGAUUGAAUGAGCAUUUGGAUGCAAUCACAUGACAUGAGGGUAAAAAACCUCAAUCUUCCUUUUCUUCCUGAAAUCCUUCUUCCAGUGUUGUCCUACAAGGAGUAUAACCAUGCCAUUAAAGUUAGACAAGAUUUACACCUAGUAGCCCUCCAGAGGUUGAACAUAGAUCUCUGUGCUAAUACAAGCGUUACACUUAAGUUUAUUUUGUCCUCACCUUGAUCAAUCUUAAUGGAUCCAUGUGCACCUGGAAUGUUUUGAUGGGGACAUUAGGAAAACAGUCCAUAUUCCAUCAAAUUGAGUGUAAGAGGAUGACUAAUAGCUUAGGGGUAGAUCCAUAUCACAGCCAUCUAAAAACUUCGUGAUAAAAGAAUUUAUGCAUUGACAACUCUCACUUAAAAGGAUGAUAGAACCUUGUGAAUGACUUAAGUUUGAGCCUUUGUCCCCAUUCUUUUUAUUUGAUGCUAAAGCAUCAAUUCACCAGUUCUUUUGUACAGGUUUUUCAGAAGCAUUUUAAAAAUUUAUUUACUAUUUGUUUA